AUGAAUAUUGAGCUUGCAUUUAAUAUAUUACUUAGAAGACCUUGGAUUUAUAUGGCUGGUAUAGUACCUUCUACUUUGCAUCAAAAGCUGAAAUAUAUUGUGGGCAAUUCUUUAGUUAUGGUGAAUGGUGAAAAGGAUUAUGCCAUCCAUAAGGCUACAUCUGUGCCAUAUGUAGAAGUAGAAUCCCAAAACCAAGAAGCAACUUACUACUCUAUAGAGUUUGUCUCAACCACAUAUGUUGCGAAAGGCUCAGUGUUAAGAACACUAGACCUUUCUAGAGUGAGUAAAGGAGUUGCUAAGGUAAUGUUGGAAAAUCAUUUUGAAGUUGGAAAAGGCUUAAGAAUUGGACUGCAAGGAAUUGAGGAACCAAUUGAGUCAAUUGACAUAACACUCAAAAAGGAGAAUUUGAGAAGUGAUUGGAUUCCAAUUACUUAUAAUGAUGAGGUGAUUGUAGAGGAUGCAUCGGAUGAUGAAGAUAUGGGAGCUUUUGAUUUAUUCAAGUCUUUAGUUUCAACACAUAAUGAUGGUUCGAGCACUUCUUUUGAAAAGUUAAGUAUAUCCGUCAUUUAUGAAGGGAGGGAUGAUGACAAGGUUAUUCUGCUUGCUUUGGGUGAAACAUUAGACAACUGGACAGUAGAGAUUCUUCUUGUUCCUAUCAUUAAAUUGUAAGAUGUGUCAAUCUUCUUGUGGUUGAGCUUGUGAUCAUGAGAAGAAAUGAUUAAAACAAGCCUUUUAUAUUUUAUGAAGCAUUGUUGGCAUGACAAAUAAUGUUCCCAUUUAGUUCAUUUCAAUAAAUGAUGUUACUUUCA